GCUGAAAAUUGAACUUCCAAAUGAUUCCUCGUCGGCCCAAUUGAUCUUCGUCCAUUGUAAUCGUCUUCGUGCUUGGAGGAGAGAUCGACUGCCAGGGUCGGAGGAAUCCACACGCGCGGCAAAGGGUUUCUGAAAGAAAGUUUGAAUUCGACACAGGAGAUUGACUUUUUGAUGGAUGACCCAAGUGGCUCUAAGUUCUCUGAUUCGAGCCUCCAGGAUCUGAUGGGUGAACAUGCUUCUCGGCCCUCAGUUGCUCCAUGGGCUUGGUGCAUCGAAUAUGUAGCCAAAUUCAAGAAAGAUUUACACCGUAUACGCGCUAUGAUGAACGUGAGCCUUGACUGUCCUGUUGACUUGGGAAAGAGGACGAAUGAAGUUGUGGCUCUAAGAAUUUUGGAGUUUAUGUUCACUUUGGGCAAGCAGCACAGUGAUGGCACGCCUGUCGCCUCAGCUUCAGAGCCAAGGGUUGAGUUUGAUUUAUCCUCGAGCUCCAUUGAUGUUCUUAAAGCCAUUCUUAAAGAGAUUCCCUUGGCAGAACUAAGACCAGGCAUGUCGGAGUUGACAAAGUUUAAUGUUCUUCCUUUUAUUGCUCACAAGAACAGCUGCAUACCUAGAUGUGCACUUGAAAGGCUGAGAGAUGCGGUUUUGGAAGAGAAUCAGACUAUUGCAGCUCCGUGUGUUCAAGCAAGUGAACAUGAUCUUGGAGAUGAGCAACCAAUGCAUGUGGACGAGCAACCGAAGCAGGUAGGUGAAGAAGCCAUGCACAUAGAUCAGGAAGCAGUGCAUAUGAAAGACGUAGAGAAAGAGAAUCAGAGAAAUGCACAUUCCUUUGCGGAAGCAAGUGAACCUGUUCUUAGAGGUGAACAACCAGGACAGAUACGUGGCAAACCUAUGCACAGGGGCGAGGAAGCAGUGCCAAUAAAUGAGCAGGCCAAAGCAAUUAUCAUCGAUGAUGAUGAUGAUGACGACGAACCAAUGCAAAGAAAUAAGCAGGUCAACGUAGUUGUCAUCGAUGGUGAGUGUGAGAAUAAUGAAGCAGUGGAAGAAGCAACUCUGGAACCGACAAACAAUGUGAAUACUGAGUCAAACUCUGGAAGUAGGGAAGGCGAUGUAAGUGUGAGAUGUGGGAAAGCUGGAACUUGGUUGAUAAGUGGCAGCAGGGAUGUUUUAUCGACAGUCCAGCGAGAAUGCCUGAACAGUUCUUCAAUCUGCCCCAAUGGGGACAGAAGUAACAUUUCCGAAAAUCCUCCUUCGAGCUCCCGAGCAAGACAAGACAUAUUAUUAUGUGUGAAAUGUGGGAAAGAUGGAACCUUGUUGGUGUGUAGUAGCCCUGAUUGUUCAGUUAAGGUACACCAGGAGUGCCUGAAUGGACCUGUCUGGCUCAACGAGAAGGACAACUUCCAUUGUCCUCAGUGCCACUAUGAUCGUGUCACUUCAGAGUACCUUCAAUCAAAGAACUCAUUGCAGGCUGCCAAGAAAAAUCUGGUCAUGUUUCACCGCAAAGUUUCUACCAUAAACAAGAGACUAGUGGGAUGAUGAUAGACCCUUCAGGGCAUUCACGAAGAAAAAGAACAGAUGAAGGUUUGUACAAGAAGACAUAUAGGAGCUGAAGAAUGAUGGGAUGAAGUGAAUUUAUGUUUUGUUUUGCCAGUCCAGCGGAUUUGUAAAGGAGCACUAAAAUAGUUAUUUUGGGAUUUUUUGUAGGGUAACGUGAGUAUUUUGAGAAAACGGUUAGAGUUUAGGUUGAGAGAGAGACUCUCAUUAAACAAUUUUUCAUAUUGUAAACCAUCUUGGUUGUUCAAUCAAUUAUCGGGUUUAUCAAUUUAUUACA